GCCCGAAGAUGGGCCGAUGUGCGUGUUUGGCGUGCACGAAAGUGGGAGUGAGGGGCAGCGCGAGAAUCGGGCCAUCAGUGCUUUCGCGUAUUUGCCAACGCGAGGAGUGAUUCAGGGCGCUCAGUUGAUACUUUUGUCUAGUCAGUGAAGAGGAAGCCACAAAAGCCGCCACCAUGGACGCGAUCAAGAAGAAAAUGCAAGCGAUGAAGCUUGAGAAGGACAAUGCGAUGGACAAGGCCGAUACAUGCGAGGGACAGGCCAAGGAUGCCAAUAUGCGCGCCGACAAAGUCAAUGAGGAGGUGCGCGAUUUGGGCAAGAAGCUCGUCCAGGUGGAGAAUGAUCUGUCCACGGCCAAGAACCAGCUCGAAACCGCCAACACGGAUCUCGAGGAGAAGGAGAAGACACUCACCGCCACAGAGUCCGAGGUGGCCGCUCUCAAUCGCAAAGUCCAGCAGAUUGAGGAGGAUCUGGAGAAGUCCGAGGAGCGUUCCGGCAGUGCCACCCAGAAAUUGCUUGAGGCCACUCAAUCAGCUGACGAAAACAAUCGUAUGUGCAAGGUGUUGGAAAACCGAUCCCAGCAGGAUGAGGAGCGUAUGGAUCAGCUCACCAACCAACUCAAAGAGGCCCGUCUCCUCGCUGAGGACGCCGACGGAAAGUCCGAUGAGGUGUCCCGCAAGUUGGCCUUCGUUGAAGAUGAACUCGAAGUGGCUGAGGAUCGCGUCAAGUCCGGCGAGUCCAAGAUCAUGGAGUUGGAGGAGGAGUUGAAGGUUGUCGGCAACUCUCUGAAAUCUCUGGAAGUGUCCGAGGAGAAGGCCAACCAGAGAGUGGAGGAGUUCAAGCGUGAGAUGAAGACCCUCACCGUGAAGCUAAAGGAGGCCGAGAACCGCGCCGAACAGGCCGAGAAGCAGGUGAAGAGGCUCCAGAAGGAGGUGGACAGACUAGAAGACGAAUUGGGCAUCAACAAGGACAGAUACAAGAGUCUUGCCGACGAAAUGGACUCCACCUUUGCAGAAUUGGCUGGCUAUUAAAUGUAAUGUCAAAUGUUAUAUUUAAUAAACCGCCGUCAAUUCAAUACUCUCAGUCACGCUGGAAAACAUGGAGGUGGAUGUUAGGAUGUCACGUCCUUCGUUCAUACUCGUGAGAGGAGAACAGAAAGAUCCGAUAAAAAAAUCAAUGUAAAUGUUGAAGAAAAAAUUAAAUUUUUAUUUGCUUUUCGUCAUUAUUGAACACUCUUGCAUAAUACCAAUCAAUCACAUGACAAAUGAAGAUCACAAUGAAACAUAUGAGAAGGCAAAUUAAAAAAAAAAUGAAAAAAUGUUAUAUUUGUAACGAAAUAAAGGGAUAAAAAACCUAAUAUAUAAAUGAAGAAACAUGAAUAUAUUGUAAAUGGAAAGAGAGCCUCUUUAAAAAAAUAUAAUGAAAACUU